AUGCCCUGGCCUGCACAAUGGCCCUCUGUUGAGGGUACGUUUUUCUGCCAGUGAAUGGAGGGAGUCGUUAUGAAGGGAGAAACAUCAAAUUGGAAUUUGACCUUGUGUUAAUGGUAACCGGUGUGUAGGUCAUAAGAGUCUCGGCAAAAGUCUUUGGAAAAAUGAGCUUCAACAGCUGAUUUAUUAUUAUUAUUUAUUAUCAGUAGUUGUUAGCCAAGAUGAACGAAGCAGUGGUACUGUGGCACCGUUUCUUCAAAUUCUAACGCUGAUGCAUGGAAAGGGCAUUGCAUCGAACUUUUCACUGCGCUACAAAAACAAGAAUGGAUCUGUUUGCAGCUAACGACACUCUAAUAUAAUAUAAUGUACUUCGAGGUGAAAUAUAUAUAUGAAUUAAGAUUCUUAGUACUUAUAAAGUAUAACAUUAUAAAAAACGUCACAAAAAUAAAAGUGUCCUACCUAGGAGGCCAUUACGAUCAAAUGGUAACAGACAGCAAACUACCCCAAGGUUCGUGUUGCGUGCUUCUGCCGUGUAGCUUUUAAACAGUUUUGGGUAUUUAUUAUAUUUCAGCUCAAAUUUAUGCACUUUGACAAUCAAUGAAACAUAAUUUUGACAUGGUACUUUGCGAUCUCUAUUGCAAAUACUGGUUACAUUUAACCCUAAGAGACUCUUGGCUUACAAACUGACAAACCAAGAAUCAAACUCGGUUAAAGUUGAGAGUGUUGUAUGCUCGCCGUUGCACGGUUCUUGAAAUAAGUACGGAAGGUUAGACACGAAAAAGACCGUGGCCCUUACUCAUAAAAUCCAUUAAUUUAUGUUCUGCUCUUCAGGGGGGCAAAAAAGAAAAAAAAAAUAUUCAAAUUACAUUGUUGGGGGAAAUUGCCCUUGGUCAAGAUAAAUUAGCAUCUCUGUCUUUCCUAGAGUCAUUCAUCACGAAUCUGUCGAUCAAAGCUUUUAUGACUGAAAUGUGCAUUGCUUUAGUUAUUAUUUUUUCUUCUAUUUAUUUUUGCUUUCUUUGAACCUCGGAAAGAAGUCACUAUGUCAGCCACCGCACCUUCACACAGCUUCAUCAUUCUGUUACUGGAGAAACGUUCUCCACAUGUAAAACAAGAAAGGGGUAAAAGAGGACGGAACUUUAUCGCAUUUCCCCUCAUACCAAAUAAGGCUUCUCUUUUAAGCGAUUAAUAUCAUAUAGGGAGGAUUUUGCAUAGUUGCAACAAAAUGUCAUUUCCCGCUUCGGUUACAUGUUUCUAUGUUCAAAAUUUCAACCAUAUUCCCAGUCGAAAUAUUUUUCAAUAAUAUUCAAAUAUUGCGUGAGUUGAACCCCAAAAUAGACAUUAUAAUGAUGAAAAUAACCUUCGGUUGCUUUUACCUGUGUUUUACUAUUCUCUCAAAUUUUAAUUUAUCAACGACAAACACAAAAAGUCAUUAAGUUUAGCCUAAAGCCAUUAAAGAAAUUUCUCUUUCUUCGAGGGGGGCUGAAACAGUGGCCCAUGAUUAUUGACAUCGUGUGGCGAAGACACACCAAUUCCACGAACGAGACGCAUGGUGAUGCGGUAAAAGUUUAUCAGAAUUUAUAAAUAAGUUUUUGUGAGUUUCCAAAGGAAACUGAUAAAAUUUAAAAACGUCGCAAACGAGGAGACAUCACGCUGAGUCAUGGAGUAGUGGAUCAAUACUACCAGUAGUAAAACGGAACUGACUUAAUUUAAAAAUAAAAGUUCGCCAAAUCGUCGCUCCUCGAAUUUAUCACUCUAAUAGGACUGUUGUCAACUGUUGUUUAGACAAGCAAGCACGAUAAUUAUCCAAAAUUGCUUUUAAGUCAUUCAGUUUUUGAACAACUUUUUCUGUUUAAUGUUGACGCUGCACGCGAGGAUUUUGACCCGUUGGCUUUUUAGCAUAUAAAUUGCGCACCCUUUCAACUCAACUUGUUUGGUUAGAACUGUCAAAUUCUUUAAAUGAAACGAAAAUUGGGUUGAAAAGGCGUAUUGUAUGAGAAAAUUAUCAUUCAAGAGUGAUGACUAUACACAUACGACUGACAAUUUUACGUAAAAAUGGCCUUGAAAGUUUGCGCCAUAGCUUAGAUUUAGAAAUUAGCCGCGCAAAAAGCAAAGAUAAGCAAAAUGGUAUUGGAUGUCACUAAAACGGGGAUUGAGCACGGGGAACGGUAAUAUGAAAUAUGGCAAUAAAACAGACAAUAGGUAAUGGGGUAUUGGCCUAGAGUUUAAGUUAGGUUUUGUUCCUAAGCUUCAUUACCUGUUCCCCGAUCUCAGUUAAAGGAAACUCCCUAACUCCAAAACAUAACGUGGUAUUAGGUCUCCGCCUGUGAAGACAGAUAAGAGUGAAAGAAAGAAAGAGUUUUGCCAUCCGUCUUCAAAUUUCAGACAUAUUAAGACUUGUUAUCCAUGAAUUUUACCUUACAGGUGAAACGGGAAAACGUACAAUAACAAAUUUUAAGUUUCUUGAGUUCGCUUAUGCUCGAGUGACUUAGCAAACAACAUAUAUAAUAGGUUUUCAUUUUCAUUUUGUUUGAGGGGGGGGGGGUGGUAAAUAACUUUUUUAUGAAGUGAGAAAUUUGAAAAGAAAAAAGGAAAACUGGAAACAACCGCUAAACUUGCUGAUUCUAGUUGAGAAUUCUUUACUAUCAUAAACGUGUUCAGUACUUGAAGAAGGUCUGGAUGGGGGGGAGGGGUUUGGUAGAAAUGUCAGCUGUCAGUUAAAAAUUUGCCCACUUGUAGGUUGUCAGUUGAACUUUAGUCUUUUUGUCAGUUGUCAUUUAAAUGAUUAUUAAUGAUUAACUAUGAAACGUAUUUGUAUAUUUUGGAUGCGAAAUUUUGUUUAAAAGGCACAUAUCAUGAAAGUUAAACAUUAAAUUCCAAAACGGAUGCAUUAGUACCUUAAUUUUUAUCAGUUUUGCUAUUGUACCAGCAGCACACACUUCACGCAGCUGCGUUAAGCAUUUCAAGUGGCCCUCCAUUUAUCAAGUCUUGUGUUAUUCUCCUGGCCUCCAAUUUCGCCAAUCAAAAUUUAUGCCUUUAGAAUAUUCAUUUAUUGUGGGCGUAGAUGGUAAGAAAGACAAAGAAAGACCGUAUCUGAAUCAUCUCCAGUCGGUAAAAACUUGCAAUUGUUUUCGUGACGCCCUCAUUCGCAGCCACCGUAUGCUUUCGCGUUCUUAGAGGAAAGUAUUAGAAUUUGAGAUCAUAGGUCAUUUACAACAGAUGAUACAUGACUCGCAUGGGUUCUACAGUAAAUCAUUAACGUCUUGCUGCUAAGAUUACCCAUAAAAACGAACAUUUGAUCACAUUGUCUGACAGAAAGAGUGGCAAAAUGCUACUUAAUUAAGGCCUUAAAAACGGGUUUUGUAGAAAAUAAGGGACAAUCAGUUCCUUUGAAAGUUUUCAGUAAAACCAUAGGUAAGUGUCAGAUGUAGGUUAAAUUUUAGGCUAUUUGUCAGUUGUCAGUUAAGAUUUUGGCCAUUUGUCAGUUGUCUCCAGACCUUCCUUGAACUUAAUCGUGCAAGGAAACGUUAUAGUUCAUGUGUUAUAUAAUCUGCAAGAUGCACAGGAAGACGUCUGAUACGCGAGUAUCUUCGUUAGUCAGGAAGAGGACGUUCCGCUGAUGUGACUGUUUCCUCCAUAAUAGUGAAGGAAUGAUAGAGUGGCACAAUGAUAGGCUAUAGAUGCUCUGCCCGUGAUAUUUCGGUAGGUAAGGCAAAGGGUGGUGGUGUAUGACGCUGAGAUAGCUGAUAGGCUGAAGCAGAGAUUGCAUCAGGGACGGAACUUUGAAGAACUUUGACAUGGUAUGACGAAGUGCAUAACUGGGAUUGGGACGAGACUCUGUUCGAGCGCAAUGAAUUUGCUGCAAGGUGGACUUUAAAAACUCCCUGUUGCAUGUGGGGCUGGUUGGAUAGGCGCUGCUUGUAGAGGCGGAUAUUUAAGUGGUCGUCGAUGAAGGUCAACUGUUUGUUGGAAAACUGGUCGCGUUGUGUUCACAUUUCUCGACCGUUAAAGGCAGAGAUAUCUAAGGGGAAAGUUUGGAGAGUUACGAGAUAGUUUGGCUUCCAGAUCCUGUAGAACCUGGUCGAGCUUAAUCGUAAUCCUAUGCUUUCUUAAGAGUUGAUCGUUGACUUAAGAGCCUUAUGCCAGGUGCAGGGUCAUUACGAAUCACUACAAGUGACAAAACUUGAAUCAACCUCUCUACUGUUUGCAGGACAUGACUCUCCAUUAGAUAUAACAGUGUGGAUGGACAUUUCACGGAAUCCAGAAUCCAUUUCUGAAAUUAUUUUUAAUGGCUGGAAUCAACUUCAAUGUAGUAAUUUGCACACUCAAGCUCAGACUAAAACAACAACUAUCUUGAACAAUGGACCAGGAAUGUUGUUUAAUAUUCCUUCAUUAUUAUCAAUGCGACCGUCACACCUUCGGGUAACGUAGACCAUCGCAUCGCACUCUCACUGAUGUUCCUAUUGUUAGAUCACAAUAUCCCGUCAUUAGAAGCAAUUCACUGAAACUGUGCAAUUUGAACGCAUGAUCAAUAAACAGCAAAUAUGCUGAUUUUUUGUGUUACGUCCAAUCUUGUUGAGCAGAUAUUUUUGCUAUCACUGAGACUUGGUUCACAGAGAUAGACUCGGCACACAGAGUUGACGUGACUCCACCUACGUAUAAGUUGUAUGACCAUGCAAGAUCUGGACUCAACUGGGAAUGGGACUGCCUUACGUUGUGCCGCGAUAACUUAGGUGUGACCAAGGUAGCGGUCGGUUCCAAAAGGUCUGUUGAAUUUUCCGAGUAGAUUAUCCUUGGAAAGGGUUCUUGUAAAGUAUGCAUUGUUGUUGUAUACCGCCUGCAGUAUUCUCCUAAUCAUCCUGUCACUAUCGGUGUGUUUUUUCAGAAUUUUGCUGAUUAUCUGGAGUCCAUUAUUCUUUCUUUGGAGUCGUUGUUGGUAACCGGUGACAUCGAUAUCCAUGUCGAUGUUGUUGGGGAUCCUGAUCGUGCGAAAUUUCUUGAGCUAAACGAAACAGUGGGUCUCCAACAGGACGUUAUUACGCCUACUUGUGAGUCUGGGCAUACAUUGGAUCUGAUCAUCUCGCGGCAAUGUGAAAACCUGGUCAAGACAACGCCUGUAUCUGACUAUCACAUAUCCGAUCCCUGA